AUGGAUCACUUUGGACUGGGGACGGCCGAUGAUGAGAUUGACUUGGCGAGGGCUGAAUAUGGACGAAAACCCUUGAAAGAAGAUUGCCUCGCCGUGAGGCCAACAAGAUUUCUCAAUGAAACUGAGCAAGCCACACAACCAACGUCGUCCAUAGGACUGAGCUUGGGCAAUGAGGCGAUGAUGGAGGAGGAGAGGAGUAGCGGGUCUAAUCGGGUUGGACUAACUGGAAUCAAACGUGACAAUUUUGGCCGAAUGGGCUGCUGGAUGACUGGAUGCAAGAAUGGGCUAAAUGCCUAAAAAAUGUUGGGGAUUUUCUGGUUAUGAGUCUUGGUGUACUGGAAUUGGAUUUUAGUUUGGUUUUUGUAACAAGAUGGCUAAGUUCAAAGAUAAUGAAAUGUGUUUGUUGAGCGGGCGAUUAAUAAUUAGCUCAUUUCCCC